AAUGAUGCUCUGCAAGCUAGACUCUUCUGUAUUAUUGGAUCAUGGUUCAUGAAUACAGCAUGGCAUUUUAUUUGUUGUCAUAACAGAGAAACAGACAGCGAUGAGACUGAGGAGCAAAUCAUAAAACCCAGAAAAAAUGAUGAUGGACUCCUUGAGCUAGACCUGUCUGGGAGGAAAAUGUCAAGUCUGCCAGACCAGGUAUUCCAGCAACAUGACAUACAGGCCCUAAAUUUCCAACGUAACAUCAUCAAAGUCAUACCCACAGACAUAGGUCUGUUGUUUCAGCUUAGAUAUUUGGACAUCAGUUGCAACAAACUCUCCCACCUACCUGACUCUAUCUCAUCUUUAUCAAAUCUUGAAGAAUUGAACAUAUCUGGUAACACAAUACAGGUGUUUCCUAAAGGAAUGGAAAACAUGCAGGCACUGAAAGUGUUAAUUUAUCGAAACAAUUCCCUUGUCACCAUACCCGAGCAGGUAUUUUCCUUCCGGAGUAUUGAGGAGCUUGAUGUUUCAGAUAAUGAACUGUCAGAAGUGUUUCCAUUGAUAGGGAAUCUGUUAUCACUAAAGGUGCUCAAUCUCAGGUGGAACCAGUCUCUCCAGACUCUACCUCAGGAGCUUUGCCAGUUGUCAGAUUUAGAGGAGUUAAACUUGUCUGUUUGUGACCUUGGCUAUUUGCCAGGAAAUAUUGGUAACCUUAAGAAGCUUAGGAUUCUUCACUUAAGUUGUAACAGAAUUUCAUCACUGCCAGAAUCAGUUUUCAAAAGUCUUGUCAAUCUGGAGGAAUUGAAUCUUUGUGACAAUUCAAUAACAGAAAUUCCAGAGAGCAUUUCCAACCUUAAAAAGUUAAAACAUCUCAAAGUAUUUGAUAACCAACUGGUGAGGCUCCCUUUAUCUAUUGUAGAGCUCACAGAGCUACAAACAUUGGAUGUAGCCUGUAAUUCCAUUACCAGCUUGCCAGAUAAUUGUAUAGGACUUUACACUUUACCAGAGUUCUUUGAUAUUCAUCACCCUUCAGCUAUACUACUCAGUCAUAACAGGAUCAAAGCAUUUUCAGUCAGCAGUCCAGUGGUGGGGCCCUCUAGACUAACACACCUUGACCUUAGUCACAAUUUGUUGUCAGCUCUUCCAGAAGAGAUACACCUUCUGUCAAAACUGAGGAUUCUCAAUGUGUCCCAUAACAAACUCCAGUCCAUUCCCCCAGGGGUACAUGAAUUACUUUCAUUGGAGAUUUUUAACAUGUCUUACAAUUCUGUCCAACAGCUACCUGCUACAAAGUUUCCAAAUUUGAAGCACCUUGAUUUUUCCUAUAAUAAAUUUCAAAUGAUACCAGAGGGUGUUUUACAAACACAAAGUCUUAUUUACUUAAAUCUGCUAGAAAACAAUAUUGCAUCCUUUCCUGUUGACAUUGCAAGACUUACAAACCUCAACACUCUCUGUUGGGAUAUAAAAAGGCUACAGGAUCUGAGCCAUGUGUCUGAGUUGAAGACCAUGCCAUGGAAGAAUAUAGAAUGGACUGUGACUGUUAAAUGUAAUGAUAACCCUACUUCUGCUAGAACUGGAGCUCACUUCAUUGCAAGAAAAGAUGACGGAUAUUUGAAAGUUACAAUUGACACAAAAGAAAUGACUGAAGGAGCUUAUCCUUACCUUCCGUAA